AUGACGUUGAUCAACAAUGAUCCAAAUUUUCGUCAAGACACUAGACAAAGAUGUAUCGACACAUUUUUUGCUACAAUGCCACAAAUGUGUGAUCGAUUCAAUAGAAAUUCAUGCACUCGUGAUGUUCAGAUUACGAUUGACCCAGGAUAUAAUGGAGUGGCCUAUGCAUCAGGUGGUUCUAUUGUAAUUAGUGCAACUUGGUUUCGAAAUAAUCCACAAGAUACAGAUGUUGUUACACAUGAAGGUAUGCAUGUUGUUCAACGUUAUCCACGUGGUGAUCCAGGUUGGUUAAUUGAAGGUAUUGCAGAUUAUGCUCGAUGGAGAUAUGGUACAAAUAAUCCAGCUGCUAAUUGGUGGUUACCAGACUUUGAUCGUAAUCAACAUUAUACAAAUGCAUAUCGAGUAACUGCUCGAUUUUUAGCUUGGUGUGAAAAGCGUUAUGCAAAUAUAGUCAAUCAACUUGAUGCAGCUUUACGUGGUAAUACUUAUUCGGGUAAUUCUUGGAAUCAAUUUAGUGGUGGAAGAUCAGUAGAUCAACUUUGGGAAGAUUAUAAAAAUAAUCCAAAUCUUUAA